AUGGAGAGCCGGGUGCAUAGGACGCCCUCCCCAGGGCAUCCACUCCAACACGGGUAUCACCUAGAGGACAACCCGUACGGCCAUUCACAGCUAAACAUACCGGCCGGCCCCGGGAGGUACAGCCCGGGCGAUUCAUUACAGAUGCAGACUGCACAAUCCGUCGACAACCUCGGGAGCUACUCGGUCAACCCCGAGGCGCAUCAUGAUGCCUACUACAACCAGCCGUACGAGCCAAAUCCCGCCCAGGGCUACGAUCCAAAUGUGCACCAAGGUUACGACCAGACACCCCAGGGCUAUGACCAGACGCCGUAUUACGAAGACGAUAGGCGGCCGAUGUUGACGCAUAAUGACUCGCAAGUUGGCGCGAGCGACCCCUUCCACGACAACCCGCAGCCUCCGACGAACAACCAGCCGAUUAAGAGGUGGAAGACGGUAAAACAGGUGCUCUUGUACCGGGGCAACUUGGUUCUGGACUGCCCAAUCCCUCCUAAGCUGCUGAAUCAGCUGCCGCACGGUGAGCGCGAUGAGUUCACCCACAUGCGCUACUCGGCGGCGACAUGCGACCCCUCGGAAUUCUACGAGAACAACUUCACUCUCCGGCAGAAGCUGUUUAGCAAACCCCGGCACACCGAGCUCUUCAUCGUAGUGACCAUGUACAACGAGGACGAGAUUCUGUUUGCGCGGACCAUGAUCGGCGUGUUCAAGAACAUCGAGUACAUGUGCAAGCGGACCGAGAGCAAGACCUGGGGCAAAGACGCCUGGAAGAAGAUCGUCGUGUGCGUCGUCAGUGAUGGUCGUGCCAAAAUCAACCCCCGGACAAGGGCGCUGCUGGCUGGUAUGGGUGUGUACCAGGAGGGUAUCGCCAAGCAACAGGUCAACGGCAAGGACGUCACGGCGCAUAUCUACGAGUACACAACACAGGUCGGCAUGGCGAUCAAGAACGAUGUCGUCCAGCUUAUUCCCAAGCAGCAACCGGUGCAGAUGCUGUUCUGCCUCAAGGAAAAGAACCAGAAGAAGAUCAACUCUCACCGUUGGUUCUUCCAAGCGUUUGGCCGUGUCCUAGACCCCAACAUCUGCGUGCUGAUCGAUGCCGGUACGAAGCCGGGCAACAACUCAAUCUACCACCUGUGGAAGGCUUUCGACCUGGAGCCUAUGUGCGCUGGCGCUUGCGGUGAGAUCAAGGCUAUGCUGGGGACCGGAGGCAAAAACCUCAUCAACCCGCUGGUCGCAACGCAGAAUUUCGAGUAUAAAAUGAGCAACAUCCUGGACAAACCACUAGAAUCAGCUUUCGGCUUCAUCUCCGUCUUGCCCGGUGCCUUCUCCGCCUACCGAUACGUGGCGCUGCAGAACGACAAGAACGGCCAGGGCCCGCUGGAGAAGUACUUUGCCGGCGAGAAGCUACACGGCGGCGACGCGGGCAUCUUCACGGCGAACAUGUAUCUCGCCGAAGACCGUAUCCUCUGCUUCGAGCUUGUCACCAAGCGCAACUGCCACUGGAUCUUGCAGUACGUGAAAUCGGCGACCGGCGAGACAGACGUGCCGGACACGGUCACCGAGUUGAUUCUCCAGCGCCGUCGCUGGCUGAACGGUUCUUUCUUCGCUGCCAUUUACGCCAUUGUCCACUUCCACCAGUUCUUCCGGUCCGACCACUCGCUCUUCCGUAAGCUGGCCUUCUUUAUCGAGUUCGUCUUCAACACUGUCAACAUGAUCUUCGCCUGGUUUGCGAUCGGCAACUUCUUCUUGGUCUUCAAGAUCUUGACGACGAGUCUGGGCGACGAGACGCUGCUUGGCAACGUCGGCUCGAUCCUGGGUGUCGUGUUCACCUGGCUCUACGGCGUUUCGUUGAUGACGUGCUUUGUGCUGUCCAUGGGCAACCGGCCGGCUGGUUCAGGGCGGUACUACAUGGCCAUGGUGAUCUUCUGGGCGAUCAUCUUCGUUUACCUCAUGUUCGCCGCAAUUUACAUCUCCGUCAACGCCAUCAUCACCGACCUCCAAAAGAACAACUUCUCGAUCGACUCGCUGUUCAAGAAUGAGGUCUUCUACACGCUCAUCAUCUCAGUCUUGUCCACCUACGGCCUCUGGCUGAUCGCGUCGCUGCUCAUGUUCGACCCCUGGCACAUGCUCACCUCUCUCAUCCAGUACAUGCUGCUCUCGCCGACCUACACCAACGUGCUCAACGUCUACGCCUUCUGCAACACCCACGACAUCUCGUGGGGCACCAAGGGCGACGACAAGCCCGACAAGCUCCCCAGCGUCAACACCAAAGACGGCCAGGGCAAGACGGACCUGCCGGACGAGGGCGACCUCAACGCUCAGUACGAGCGCGAGCUGCAGGUCUUUGGCCGGAAGGUCGUCAAGGAGAACAAGCCACCCACGCCCGCCCAGCUCGAGGAGAAGCAGAUGGACUACUACCGCGGCGUCCGCACUGUCGUCGUGCUCUUCUGGAUGAUCACCAACUUCGCCCUCUGCGCCGUCGUGCUCUCGACCGCAGGGCUCGAGAACAUCGUGCCCGGCAAGGGCCAGACCGAGGAGGAAGUCAAGACCAACCGCGCCAACAUCUACCUCAGCGUCGUGCUCUGGUCCGUGGCGGGCUUGUCGGCGUUCAAGUUCCUGGGCGCCAUGUGGUUCCUGGUGGUGAGGAUGUUUAGGGGUGUCUAA